CGCAAACCAGACGCUUACAGGAACAGUACCCUUUACAGCGAGUGGAAAACGUCUUCGUUUCGUGAAAAUCCCUUGGAAGAUGUUCUGCAAGCGUUGAAGAGGAGAGUGAUUAAUAUCUAGUCAAGAGGUGAGAAGAUGGAGCUUAAAAGCCUCCUCCUCUCCGCUCCAGAACAAGAAAGAAACUGAAAUGACAAGCCAAGCCAAAGCCUGAAGCCUCCCUUUGCUUCCCUCUCCCUAUCUGUCAAACCUUCUGCUUUCAAUGGCUGGUAUUGAAGAUGGAGAAGUUGUGUUGGGAGAAGCAAUUCCAUGGCUACCUUCUCAUAUUGUUCUAGAUCACGAGGCUUUAUGGGACUCCAAGGAUUAUGUGAGGCACCAACAGCAUCACCACCACCAAUAUCGCAGUCUUCCUAGGUUGCCUCUAGACCAGCAUCCACAGCGCACAAAACCCAGCCCAGGACCGAAUUGCCGAACAAAAUACGCCACUAACUGGGCAUCAGGGGGGCCUGGAAUGCAGGCUGUUUUCCUAGAUUCUGGUAAAAAAUCAUCUGGGACUGGAGUUUUUCUUCCACAAGGGGCGGGCACCAACAUGCAAUCCAGGAAGAAGCCAGCUUGCGCUCGUGUUCUCCUUCCUGCACGGGUUGUUCAAGCUCUUAAUCUCAACGUGCAUGAAAUAGGCUUGCACAUAACACGCCGGCAAGAUGCCAAGAAUAAAUCGAAAGGCAGAGACUGCAAAUCUUUCAAGAAUAAAAAUAGCAAGGAUGUAUCAACACAAUGUAGUGUUGUAUCAAAUAACGAGAAUUCGUCGCCAGAGACAUUUCUUCCCGAAGAGUGGACUUACUAAUUCCCAAAGGGGCUGCCAUACCACAGUGCAUCAAAGCAAGAGCUCUCGUUAUGUUGUGCAGUUAAAUAUCAUGUACAAUGUAAAUUAAAUAAUAACAAUAACAGCACUCUAUCUCCUUUAUUGUUUAUCC